GCAUUCUUUCCGCCCCCAAAACCAACGGCUGCCUGAAAGUGACCGCGUCAUUCUCGACAAGCGCGCUCUUCAUAGCUCAACUCACAUCCUUCACCUCUCUGAGCCAGAUUCGUGGUGCAACUUGAGUCACUCGCACAUCAUCAUGUCAGCGGAGCCACUGUCCUUGAGCCGGGUCUUUCAAACCCCUUUGAGAAGUAUUCGGAGCGCCGCCUUGCUAGGAAAUUCAUCUCCCGACCGAACUAUCAGGCAGGAGACAUCAGAGGAGUCAUGUGCAAGGGUGCAACAGCUCGGCGAGCAGCGAGUUGAAGCAGCACAUAAGGCCUUUCAAAACCUACAAUCGAAUAGGUCGCCCUACGACGACAUCUCUGGCAACAGCAGGCCUCGCGUGCGACUGCUCAGGCUUCAAGCCAGCGGCGCGGAUCGCCUCAACGAUUUCGAACUGCGGACAUUUCCCCUAAAACAAAGCCCAAAGUACUACGCUCUAAGCUACGCCUGGGCCACCUACGUGCGAGACUGCGCUAUCCAGUGCAACGGCAAGCCGUUGAAGAUUUCAGCCCACUUACUUCGCGGCUUGAACGAGCUCGAGUCCAUUUCUGAUUUCGCGCACAAGUGGUUCUGGAUUGACCAAAUCUGCAUCAACCAGGAGAAUCUCAAGGAGCGAUCACACCAAGUUCGGCUCAUGAGGCGCAUCUACCAACGCGCCGAGCUGACUGUCAUAUGGCUGGGUCUAAAUCUGAAGCCGUACGACGAGGCUGCCCAGCUAUCUCAACACCUCUACGACAAGAAAUCAGAGCUCGAAGACGGCCAAAUCCGGCUGCCUCUUCGAGGCGAUGCUUCGUGGGAACAACUCGCCGAGGUAUGCUCAAGCUCCUGGUUUUCCAGACUUUGGACACUGCAAGAGGUUUUCCUUUCACGAAAAGAUCCCAAGGUGGUAUACGGCGCUCGAGUCGGCCAACUUUCCGUUCUGCUCUGGGCGAUCGGCAUCUUGGGCAACAAACGAUUCGAAUCUCCAUCCGGAUGGACAUUAAUGGUUGAUAUACGGCCUGGUCGCAAUCACUUCGGCAUGUGCACAGAUGCUCUCUCGCUGCUUUGCUCCUACCCACAACAGUUUCGUAUGACUCACUGCGAUUUCGCAACGGCGCUGCUGCUCGCGCGCGGCCACGGAGCGAGCGACGGCAGAGACCAAAUCUAUGGGCUUCAAGGCUUGGUCCAACCGCCCAGGGAUAAAGACACGGAGUGGCCCAGCGCUCUUAUUCCCGACUACGAGAAACCUGUGGUCCAGGUCUACCGAGACGCCACGUUGCACAUCAUUUCGCAGACGGGCAAUCUCCUCCCUUGGUCACUUGUCGACUGGGGAUGGCAGGGAUUUAAAGACUCGUGGCCCUCCUGGGUUCCCGAAUACAGUAAUGCAGUUUCGAUGAGGAUAAGUGACGUCCAACUUCGCAUUGACAAGGGCUCCCUCGCAUUACAACGAUCGAGGAUACGAGCAUCCAAAGACCGACGUGCCUCGAUCCGGCCAUCGCUCGACGCGAACUUAAUCAUCAUCCAGGGGCUAAAAUUAAGCACAGUCAAAUCGACGUUCGAGGUUGACACCAAGAACCCAGCCUCCUUCUUCCACCGCCUCGAGGAGAUAAACGAGUGUGCAAGAUCCGCGAAUUCGGAUAACACCUUCAAUAAAGUAUUUGAUGACAUUGCGGACGUAUUCAACGUUCGGGCUCCGCUGUGUCGCAUCCACGACUUUUGGGAGUAUAUAAGCAACGAGGGUCAGAACGUACCCAAUCUUAUCUAUUUUCUACGAUUUCUGAAGGAUUUUGAUGACGACGUAACGGGCAACGAGGAAGUUUUUAUCGAGAAGUUUCUCAUAACGAUGAGGGAUAAAAGUUACAGCAACUUUUUUGUUGACUCUGGGGGAGAUGUCGGGCUGGGGCCAAUGAAUAUGGAGGUUGGCGAUGUAAUCUGUGUAUUGUUUGGUGGCGCAGGGCUGUACGUCUUGCGGCCUGUGGGAGGAGAUUCGGGAUUGUAUCGGCUGUUGAGCGAAUGUCGCAUCCGGCGGUACAUGUGCGGUGAAUCGAUUGAUGCAUUGGAAUAUGGAGUGUUUAAGGAAGAGUGGUUUACGAUAGCUUAGAUAGCUUUUUUCCUGGGAAACAAGGCGGUCACAUGUGGUUAGGUCCUGGGCUCAUAUAUCCAAUCUCAUCUCCAAAAUACUGGUACUGUCCAAGGUAGAAUUCUCCAGUGACAUUAACUCUGCCUGUGUCGCCGGCAGGCCAGGAAUUAUAUCCAGAGAAUGUGCUCUGGUUGGGUUUGAAGUGCACGAUAUCGGCUAUUAUCUGCGAUCAUCUCGAGCAGGCGAUAGCAGCUGCUGUCCUACUUGACGAAUGACGCAGCUGGGCUUGAGCGCGUCACGGCCGGUUUGCGGGGUCGAAGUGCUCCAGGAUAAAUGGUCUUAGAUGCAUCAAUGCCGUGUUACGCCAGCGUACGGAUGUCGUGAAGCAGCGCGGCGUGCCUCUAGGCGUGUGGUUCGGACUCGGUGG